AUGCCCCCGGCGCGAGAAGCUCCCUCACUAGCGCAUGGUCCUCCUAAAGGAGAGGCGGUAGGAUGGGAGAGGGGACGGCGAGAAGAUGGGGACGGUGGUAGUAGUGGUGGUGGUGGUGGUGGUGGUGGUGGUAUUGGUAGAGGGUUGAGGUGGGUGAAGAGAAGGACGAAGGAAGAAAGAGUAGUUGAAGAAGAGAAAAGAGAGAGGGAGGGGAAGUUGGAGCAGAGGGUGAUGGAGUGUGCGGUGGUGAAAAAACUAAGCACCGAAACAAAUAAUGGCCAACAGUGGGAUAGCCAGCUGAUAAACUCCGACCUCGUCCGGAUAAGGGAGGGACAACUGGCUGACUUGGCCGUGGGCGGGAUGACAUGCAGACACAGACAGACACUCCUCAAAGAAAUAUCAGAAUAA